AUGAAGCGCAAGCUGGAUGAAAACGAUGUGCCUUCCACGGAAGCCGCCGACGCUGCAAACACGAAAGAAGUCAGCUUCGAGAGUCUGAAUCUUGACCCGCGGCUCCGCCAAGCAUUGGUGAAAGAGAAUUUCUCGAAACCGACUCCCGUCCAGGCCCAGGCCAUUCCGUUGGCCCUUGAGGGCAAGGAUAUUCUAGCUCGUGCGAAAACGGGUUCUGGAAAAACAGCAGCAUACGUUCUCCCGAUUCUGCAAUCUAUUCUCCAGAGGAAAGCUGCCGACAAUUCCUUGAAAGCUACCACUGCCCUCAUCCUUGUGCCGACGAGAGAACUCGCAGAGCAGGUGCAACAGGUUGUCGUUUCGUUCUCCUCUUUCUGCGGGAAAGAUGUGCGCUCCGUAAAUCUUACUCAGAAGGUGUCUGAUGCAGUCCAACGGGCGAUGCUGGCGGACUUUCCCGACAUUGUCAUCUCGACGCCAGCUCGGGUCCUCGCCAACGUCAACAGCUCGGCCCUGUCAUUAAGCAACCUCACGCAGCUGGUGAUAGAUGAGGCGGAUCUGGUGCUCUCUUACGGAUACGAAGAUGACAUGCAUACACUCUCCAAGGCCCUUCCUCGGGGGGUUCAGACAUUCCUCAUGAGCGCGACGCUGACGGCAGAAGUCGACACACUGAAAGGACUGUUCUGUCGAAGUCCGGUGAUCCUCAAAUUAAAUGAGAAGGAAGACAAAGGCUCCGGUAUCAGUCAGUUCGUGGUCAGAUGUGCGGAAGACGAGAAAUUCCUCCUGACCUACGUCAUAUUCAAGUUACAGCUCAUAAAGGGCAAAUGCAUCAUCUUUGUUGGCGACAUCGACCGAUGCUACCGCGUCAAGCUCUUCUUGGAACAGUUCGGGAUCAAGAGUUGUGUGCUCAAUUCGGAAUUGCCGGCCAAUUCACGCAUACACGUUGUACAGGAAUUCAACAAGGGGGUCUACGACAUCAUCAUUGCUGCAGACGACCAGGAAGUGCUCGGGAAUGAGCAUGGUUCAUCGAAAAAGUCCAAAAAGUCUGCAAACGGCAAUGCGGAUGAAAAUGCGGAGUCGAAGGAGGGCGAGGACGCUGAGGAAUCCGAGUCCAGCGAGGAAGAGGAGGAGCAAGUAGAACUUCCGAGAAAGAAACAAAAGCUGUCCGGAAAGCAGAAGGAUUACGGUAUCUCCCGGGGUAUCGACUUCCAGAACGUUGCCUGUGUCCUCAACUUCGACCUUCCGACGACCGCCAAGUCAUACACUCACCGUAUCGGCCGAACUGGCCGAGCUGGGAAGACCGGUAUGGCUCUCUCGUUCGUCGUCCCGGCAGACCAGUUCGGCAAACACAAACCGACCAGCUAUCCGACCUGCAAACAUGACGAGGCCGUCCUGGCCAAGAUCGUCAAGCGGCAGGCCAAGCUCGGCCACGAGAUCAAACCCUACCACUUCGAGAUGAAGCAAGUCGACGCCUUCCGCUACCGAAUGACGGACGCCCUGCGCGCCGUGACCCGGCUCGCCGUGCAAGAGGCUCGUGCACGAGAAAUCCGGCAAGAGCUGGUCAAGAGCGAGAAACUGCGGCGCCACUUCGAAGAGAACCCGGAGGAGCUGCGACACCUGCGGCACGACGGCGAGCUGCGCGCCGCGCGCAUCCAGCCGCACCUCAAACACGUCCCGGAGUACCUGCUGCCCGCCAAGGGCAAGAAGGGCCUCACAAAGGAAGACAUCGGAUUCGUGGGAAUUCGCAAGACGAGCGAGAACCGGAUCCGCAAGGCGCGCGAGAGGAAUCGCGGUCGGGGAAGAAAGGCGGCUGGCGGGAAAGUCGAUCCGUUGAAGACUUUCCGCCGUAAAUAA